AUGCAGAAUUUAAGUAAAAUGCAAAGUAGAUUGCACCCGAGACCCGAAGGUGAAGGUGGAGGGGGUGGUGGCAGAACAAAAGAAAAGGGAAAGUCCCUUUAGGAGACUCAUAAGGAAAUGUUGAAGAAUAUAGAAUCAACGAAUAUAGGCAAGCCAACCAUAGUUGAAGCACAAAGAAUUUUAAAGAUCAUUGAUAAUCUAUCUACUAACUUAACAAUAUUUAUAUAUUUAGAUUCUGAAUUAAUUAGCAAAUUCUUAGAUGUAGCUAAACAUAGCAAGCUAUCAAAAGAUUUAGUUUCAAAAUUAUCUUAAAGAUGCCUAGAUUUGUUGAAAUCUUAAGCUGAAAUUGAAGCCAAAUUCAAACCCUAUGCAAGUUUGUUAGAUCAAUCGAAUAAAGAAGCUGAAGAUGUAGAAGAAGAAAAAAUGAUAGAUGCUGAAAGACUUAGAAUGUAAUUAGAAAACAACUUUAAAGAUUUAGUAAGACAUUUAAGAAACUCACCAGAAGACUUUGAGAUAAUAAAAAGUAUGAAAACUAAUGUCAAUCCUGAUUUAAAUGAUUUGGUUCAUUGCAUCCAUUGCUAAAAGGUUAUUAUGCUAAAAAAAUUAUCAACUGCUUCAGAAGAAGAUGAAAAUCACAAAGCUUAAUUACGUGAUUUAGAGGAAAAAAUUGAAGAGCUAGAGAAAAAGAAAAAUAAAAUUUAAGAAGAUUUGACAAAGUUAAAAGAACACAGAUAAAAGUUUUCAAAAGAAAAAAAAGAAGAACUUGAAAAACUUAAGAAUGAAAUAGCUGAGGUAAAGGCUGAAAAAGAAAAGAAAGCUAGUUAGUUAAAAAAUGAAUUAGAUAACAGACUUAAGUAGCUUGAAAGAGAUCACCUUGCCAAAAAAGAUAAACUUGACAAAGAAUUAUAAAAAUUAGAAGACGAUUUUGCUAAAUUAAAAUAAGAUCAUGCUAAUGAUGAAACUAAACUUAAAACAAAUAAAAGAUAGUAAUAAAAUAGUCUUGCUGAUAAUAUUGAAAGCUAUGAUGCUUUGAUGAAAGAUUAGCAUCAAAAAAAGCAAGAAAUAGAAGAAGAACUUGCUAAAAUCAUAGAAGAGGUAGAUACCUUAAAGUAAUUAUUUAAGGAAAUAGACGAAGAGAAGCAAAGAGAAAGAGAAUUAGAAGAAGAAUUCAGACUUAAGAAGGAAUAAUGGGAAAUAUAAGAAAGAAGGAAAAAGGAAGCUGCCAGGUGUAUCCUUCAUUUCUUAAUGGCUCGUAAAGAAAAAUCUAAAAAGAAAAAGAAGAAGAAAGGCAAAAAGAAAAAAUGA